AAAAUUUCGGGUGAAUUUUUUUUCGGGCGAAACUCAGAAAAUACCAGCUAACUAAGGUAGUAAGCCUAAUUGGGUAAAUUAAAGAUUUCCAUACAAACAGCACAACAGCAUUCAAUAUAGGUAAUCGGUUUAUUCGCAAUUAAUCAUCGUAUAAAUAAUUCACUGUUAUUUCGGCUGCAAAUACAACAUAAAUUCACUCUUUAGCAUCCACCAACUAGCAAAUUAAUAUUAUCUGCAUAAAUCAUAUACAAACAUGGAGACUGAAUCACUUAAUCGGAAAAAUUCCUCAAGGAAAAGUUCGGUAGUCAAUGGUAAUGGCGAUGCGGCGGCUAAGGUGGCCGCCGAAAAUGAAGGUGGCGGCGGUGGUGGUGGUGACGUAACGUUGAAGGCGAAAAUGAGUUUAGUCAAUGGUUGUACGGUGAUCGUCGGUUCCAUUAUCGGCUCCGGUAUCUUCGUUUCACCCACCGGUGUGCUCAUGUAUACAGGAAGCGUAAAUUUGUCGCUAAUCGUAUGGAUUAUUUCCGGCCUUUUUUCUAUGGUUGGCGCCUACUGCUAUGCCGAGCUGGGUACAAUGAUUACCAAAUCUGGUGCGGAUUAUGCCUACAUUAUGGAAACGUUUGGUCCCUUUAUGGCCUUCAUACGUCUCUGGAUCGAAUGUAUGAUUGUGCGGCCAUGCUCACAGGCAAUUGUAGCGCUCACCUUCAGCGUAUAUGUGCUGAAGCCUUUCUUUCCGGAUUGUCAACCACCAGAUGAUUCGGCGCGCAUGUUGGCAGUCUGUUGUAUCUUGGUCUUAACCUUCAUUAACUGCUGGGACGUUAAAUGGGCCACCGCUGUGCAGGAUAUCUUCACAUAUGCCAAGCUAUUGGCGCUCUUCAUCAUCAUCGCCACCGGCGUAUACCAACUGUCCUUGGGCAAAAUGGAAUACUUUACAUUCGAGAAUACAGACACGAGAGUAACUUCACUAGCGCUGUCCUUCUACUCUGGAUUGUUCGCCUACAAUGGCUGGAAUUACUUGAACUUCAUUAUUGAAGAGCUUAAGGAUCCUGUCAAGAAUUUGCCCCGCGCUAUUGCCAUCUCUUGUACAUUGGUCACCAUUGUCUAUGUGAUGGCUAAUGUUGCUUUCUAUUCAGUUCUAUCACCCGAAGAAGUCUUGGGAUCGGCCGCUGUGGCAGUGACCUAUGCGGAGCGUGCAUUCGGCAUGUUUGCAUGGACGGUACCAGUAUUUGUUGCGCUCUCAACCUUUGGCGCAGUAAAUGGUAUUUUACUUACCUCUUCACGUCUCUUCUAUGCUGGCGCUAAUGAGGGUCAAAUGCCGGAAAUCUUAACCAUGAUACAAAUACAACGAUUCACACCCACACCGGCCGUUUUGAUAAUGGCGUUGCUAUCGAUGUUGUACCUGACCGUAUCGGAUAUAUUUGCGCUUAUCAAUUAUGUGGGCUUUGCUACUUGGCUUAGCAUAGGCGUGUCCGUACUCUGCCUGCCUUGGUUACGUUACGCUCAACCCAAUCUGCCACGUCCCAUACGCGUGCCACUCAUCUUUCCAGUUAUCUAUCUACUCGCCACCAUUUUUGUUACCGUUGUGCCCAUGUACGCUAGCCCCGUAGAAACCGGUUAUGGCAUCCUCAUGAUCCUAACCAGCAUACCUGUCUAUUUUGUAUUCAUCGCGUGGAAAAACAAGCCAAUUUGGUUCCAGAAGACUAUGGGUGGAUUCACACAAGGACUGCAAAAAAUGUUGAUGGUUGUUCGACCAAAAGCUUCCGCUUCAAAGUAAGCAUCACACGUUUUCUACAAAAGACGCUUAUGGUAGUCGGCAAAA